UUGCGGGACGGCGGCCAGGGAAAACAAGGGAUGCGGAUGGGAUGACCCAGAGGCGCGGGGCACAUCGCUUGCUCGGUCGGAUCGAGCGACCCGCAGAAACCACGCGCAGUGAGUGCUAUCACAGUGGUGACCCCGCGGUGGGUUUCCGGUGAUGUUUGCCAGGCGUCGACAGAUUUGCUGAGAGGAUAGAGGAAGCGACGAUGAACUACUAUUGCGACGAGGAGUGCAUGCUGCUGCCUGAGUCUCCGAGCCUGGUGGGUGACGUGCACGCUGAUUCGGCGCUGAGCACGUCCAAGCUGGGCAGGCAGUACGUGGCCCUCGACUCGGACUGCAUGAGUGUCAAGAGCGAGCACAACCUCACCAAUGCGCUCAUACAGAACAACUGUCGCGCUCCCAUGGCGAGCCUGGAGUGCCUGGACGAGGGCACACUGUCCAGCGGCAGCUCCGUGCUGGCCAGCCAACCACCCACCAGACAGGUGUCCAUGUUCGCGCCGCCGGCUGUCCGCUACAGAAAUCUUGGGAAAUCAGGACUACGCGUAUCAAACGUCGGUUUAGGAACCUGGGUGACCUUCGGCUCACUAAUAUCAGAAGAGGUUGCGGAAGACAUCGUAACGGCUGCCUUCGACAACGGGAUCAACGUCUUCGACACGGCCGACAUUUACGCAGGAGGAAAGGCCGAGGUGGCUCUUGGCAAGGUGCUCAAGAAGAAGCGCUGGAGACGAUCUUCAUACGUAGUCACAACGAAGUUGUUCUGGGCGACGAAGGGCGAUUCCGAACGAGGGCUGUCUAGGAAAGCCAUCAUUGAAGGUCUUCAGGCGUCUCUGGAGCGGCUACAGCUGAGCUACGUAGACAUAGUGUUAAUCAACAAAGUCGACUCCAUGUGUCCAAUGGAAGAGAUAGUCCGGACGUGCACCUACUGCAUUAACCAGGGCAUGGCCAUGUACUGGGGCACGUCACGGUGGAGCCCCGUGGAAAUAAUGGAAGCGUACGCAGUGGCUAGGCAGUGUCACCUGGUGCCCCCCGUCGUGGAACAGACCGAGUACCACAUGUUCCACAGGGACAAGGUGGAACUGCAGCUACCAGAGCUGUGCCAAAAGAUAGGAAUCGGCACAAUGUCAUGGUCGCCGCAGGCCUUCGGCGUUCUGACGGGAAAGUUUGACGAAGGCGUCAACCUGCUCUCAAGGGGCUCAUUCAGGCAAUACGUUUCCGCCGUGACGGACAAGGUGGACCGUCCAGAGAAGGCCAUCUGCGAGGAGUCCGGCGGCCGCUUCACGCGGCAGCACUCCAAGCUGCAGGAGCUGUCCUACAUCGCCGAUAGGCUCGGCUGCAGCUGCAAUCAGCUCACCAUAGCGUGGUGCCUGAAGAGCGAGCACGUGCACUCCGUACUUGUGGGCGCCUCCUCGGUGGACCAGCUGUACGACCACCUGGGCGCAUUGCAGGUGGUUCCCAAGCUGACGUCGAUCGUGAUGGGCGAGAUCGAGAAGGUGCUGGACAACCGGCCGCGGCCGGUGCCCCCGCCCAGGUGACAAUUGCAGGAGCCCUGGCUGGGCCCCCGAGCACCGAUCCCCGACAGCCCCGGCUCGCAGCGGCAGCUGCAGCUGCAACAACACGUCGCGCUCGACGUGGACGACCCGGGCCCGGCCGAAGAAGGAGGCCGGGUGCAGCGCUUCUUCGCAAGCGUCGCGCACGCCUGCGUUAUCCAGUAGCGCCUCGCACGUAACGGGACGUCGCGUUGCGCGCCCGCGGGCGUUUCUCUUGUUCUUCCGUGCGCGGUCAGGUGACCGUAUCUGUCGACACGAAACGUUGCAGCGAGCGGUUUGGUGAACUAUAGCACGUUGUAGCCUGCGCUAGCGGUGACGCCUCACCGUCCUGGUACGGCUUCUGUCGUGUCCGCUAUCCACUUAUUUGUCACCGAUAUCGAGAAAGAAAGAUGCAGUUGGGGACAUGCCUGUGAUCCGGUUGUGAUACCACGUCGAAGCAAACCGUUCCACGAGCUUUCGACUGACGGACCCUCACGCACGCUCUGAUUCAACGACGUGCGCGAUACAGUCAAACCUCGUUAUAACGAAACGGGAUAUGACGAAAUAAUGAAUAUAACGAAGUACGUGAAAUUGCCCUUUGAAAUCCUCGUAGAGAUUCCUGGUGCAGUAAAUGCAAUAAUGGAAAUAAGGAAGUAAUUCUUGUUUCCACUUCAACUUCGUUAUAACGAGGUUUUGCUGUACAUGUUCUGAUUUCUUUUUGCCGAGUUAAAGAAAUCGCGAGGGAAACAUGCACAGCUCGCUUACAAUAAACGGAAGUGAUUACCCAGAUCCCGAUAACACCGCAUGUGGGUUUCUUUGGGAUCCAGCGCGCAAACGGAUAAGACAACCAUAGGGAAGAACAUAGAACGAGACCCGUCUGUGUUCCUUUAGCCCUCAGUGGCCGGUCAACUCGCAGGUAGUUUCUUUGUACGUUUCUGCUAAUCCGCCGUUGCGAAUAGAAUCUAAAGCCAGAAAAGAUGCGUCUCAAAACCACUGUGGAUGCUUGCCACAGCUGAAUUGGACAGGGUCACUUACCAAGCAGCAAAGUACGUCCAACGUGGCCGCAUUACAAAUUGUUUUCUGGAGCCUUAGCAUGAUUCAUAUGUUAUAGCAUGUCUCUGCUGAAAAGCGCAGCUUUUAAUCGUUUUAGUCCUCAUGCAAAGACGUAUGCCACACAGCUUAAUAUGAGCAACGCCUUCAUUGAGCUAUAACUCAGUGACUCUCUUUUUUCUAAUUCAAUCUUCUUUUAACACAUCUGCGUCGGAUUUAAACCAUACCGCUGCUCCUAUAAGUGUGGUUUUUUUUUUUCCCCGACAGUUCACUCUAUCAUCUUUCCCUACAUUCCUUGUCGUCUUGAUCUAAACUUUAUCGCUCUUGUUUUCAGGUAAAAAGCGUCUUGCCACCAUUUCUUAGCUCGAUACAUUCAGAUUUGGACGUUCCGUAAAGUUCUUAUACGACGAAAUUCCGUAACGUGUGCGUACGAGGCGCCAAAUGACCACAUAGCUGUCUACAAAUUUUCGUACGCAGAACAACAGCUCCGUGUAAUUUGGAGGUCGAAAAGACCACGCGAAGAACUAGAAACCUUGCGAUACGCGCGGAAGGCGAGGCUGUGCCUAGGUGCUCAGCGCACAAUAUUACGCGUCGCUGGCUUGCAACGUGCAGUUACCUACAGCCUAAUCUAUAGGAAGCGCUGUUUCGUAGUUGCUGCAGAACGUCGCGACGGCGUCGUAUAGAUGACCGAGUGCGCGUCGUUUGGGAGGCGAAAUCAUUAGAGGCGCCGGCGAUACGUGCUCGGGAGGUACGGUAAACAACAACAACAACAAAAAAGAAACAGCCUAAGCGGCUCGAUUAGCCUCUGGCCAUAUCACGCAAAUAGCGUGGAAACAAUCUUCGUAUAGGAGAAAAAAAAAUAAGCGGUAACUGAAACGGUGGCGUAAAAUAUCCUGGCAGAUUUACGCCGACAUAACGUUUGCUGCAGAGCUCAAACCAAAAAAGAGCGCAUAAAGAACCCACCAGGCAGGUUCGUUCGCUGCUUUCGGUACACGGAAGCAGGUUGCUCUGACGUCUGCGGACAGCGAAUAGGGGGACUAUAAGCGAGCGAUAAAAGAAAGAAAGAGAAAGCUAAAAAGACUUCCUGCAGUGUGUCUGGGUUUAACCCUGAUUUUCCUGCUAAAGCCAAAUAACCAAGGCAUGCUACGAGCUCGAAUUCGCGAGUCGACACGGCGUACGUUGUCAAUUCUAAUGCUUUUUUUUUGUCUAUGUAUGCCCAAAUAACGGCCAAGGAAAGAAUGACGUACUUGGACUCGAAGCAAGAUCACAUAGUAUCGCGGCGUUUGCGUGAAAAUUAUUUUGUUGAUCCGGCGUUCUUGGGUACCUGAAAUGUAUAGUUUCAUUUGUUUUUGUUCCUGGCCGCCUUAUGCGAGUACACUGAAGAGAAAGAAAGAAGUCUUGCGCGAUCAGGCUAGACCGAAAAAACAACAACAUAUGAGCAUUAAAUGACUGGACGCUUUCUUGGUAAUCAAAGGCGACAAAGGAAAUUUAGGAAAGCGGACGCUUCAAUUGAUGAACAGAGCGCUAAAACAACACUAAAGAAGCCCUUGCAGCUGCAACAAAAAAAUAACUGACGCAUCAAAAUCAAUAUGUAUGUUGUAUUUAUUUGACGUAAAAGCACGGAUGUUGCCUCUAAAUGUGUGCACAGACGGCGGUAUGGUUUUUGCUUACUUGGCAGGUGUAUGCCACGGGACCAAUUCUUGCAUUACGUGGCUUCGCUUGGCAUUCACGAACAAGAGAAACGUCCGCUGGGUCAAGCGAUGGCGUUCACUACAUGUGACGCUGCAGCCUUUUUCACUCCCGGGGGUUGAUCGACACAGCCAGGGCUCAAGAAUAUCUCUGUAUUUAGGCGCAUCUCGUUGCUUGACUAUGUUCGUUUUUUUUUUCUUCCUCUGAAUCCAUUUUUUACCUCUGCCUACUGUUUCCCGCAGAAACCACUGAUAUCCAUGUGUCACACUUAAGACUUUGUUACUAGAGUUACUUAUAUCACCUCCUGUUUCGGUGCUAAACUGUACGCGCAGUCACAUGACCUGCGUAAAGUCGCGCGGGUCCUUGGUGUUUGCAAGGGGGCAUGACCGCAUAGCAUAGGAUAUGUAUACAGUCAAAGCCACAGCUUUCACUGUGAGCUGUAGCUUUUACUGCAGCUCGACCUUCUACAUCUUUCAGCGACAGGGUCUUUCUUUGUUUUUGUUUUUUGUGUGUGUCGCAUUCGCUUCCAAUACCCAGUCUAAGUUAACCAAUGUCGACUUUGCUCUAAUGUGCAGUCAAUGCUUCGAUGUGGCCUCCUUGUGGACUUACGGUCAGAUUGUCGCGUUGAAUUUGUUUUAAAUUAAUUCACGAAACCGGAGCAACGCUAUACUGCCUCUCCUUUCUUUUAUUUGCACGCAAAAUGAUACUAUCAUUAUUCGCACGCUCCGGUUAUAUACAAAC